UAUUAGUUCAACUGUUUCCGGUGGUGGGCUGCAGUUUGAUGCUGCUGCUGUUUCCAUGCUAGCACAGUUGCUUAUAUUUCAUUCCAAUGGCAAACAGAACUGUUAAAGAUGCAAAUAGUAUACACGGGACCAACCCGCAGUAUCUGGUGGAGAAAAUCAUCCGGACUCGAAUUUACGAGUCUAAAUACUGGAAGGAGGAGUGUUUCGGUCUGACCGCUGAGCUGGUUGUGGACAAAGCCAUGGAGUUGAAGUUUGUCGGUGGAGUUUUUGGAGGAAACAUCAAGCCCACUCCCUUCCUCUGCCUCACUCUGAAGAUGCUGCAGAUUCAACCUGAAAAAGACAUCAUCGUUGAGUUCAUAAAAAACGAAGAUUUCAAAUAUGUUCGUCUACUCGGAGCGAUGUACAUGAGGUUAACUGGCACCGCAGUGGAUUGCUACAAAUACUUGGAACCGCUGUACAACGAUUACAGAAGGGUCAAGAGUCAGAACAGAAAUGGAGAGUUUGAACUGAUGCAUGUGGACGAGUUCAUUGACGAGCUUCUUCACUCAGAGAGGAUGUGUGACAUCAUUCUGCCUCGACUUCAGAAAAGACACGUCCUCGAGGAGGCUGAGAUGUUAGACCCACGUAUCAGCGCUCUAGAGGAAGAUCUGGAUGAGGUGGAGAGCAGUGAAGAAGAGGAUGAGGAAGAAGAGAAGCCGGAGAGACUCCAGACCCCUGAGCCCCACAGGCGCCGCGACGGUUACCGUGACAACGACCGACCUCGUCGCUCACCGUCGCCUCGUUACAGACGCAGUCGCUCACCCAGACGGAGGAGCAGAUCUCCAAAGAGGCGAAGCCCAUCGCCCCGGAGAGACCGCCAUCGCAGCAAGAGCCCCCGCCGACACCGCAGCCGGUCCAGAGACAGACGCCACCGCUCCAAAUCCCCCGGUCAUCACAGAAGCCACAGACAUCGCAGCCACUCAAAGUCCCCAGAGAGGAGUUCAAAAAAGAGUCACAAGAAGAGUCGAAGAGGAAACGAGUGAUGUUUCUUAUAUAUCUUCCCUUUUUAUUUUUUACCUCCAAACGGUCAUAGAACUUGCUUCUAAAUCUUGUACGAAAUUUGAGUUUUUUUAAUUUUAAGUUUACAAGUCAUUUCCAUUUUCGAUGUUGGACCACCGACAUGUCUAAGAUUUUACAAUGUAAAGCCCUCCGGUCUCAGCAGUGUGUAUGGACAGUAUAUAUUCACUCACUCCAUCUGCAGCCUUUCAGCCUCAUUCUCACACCCUCUGAGAGAGAGCAAUCUUACAGUACGCCCCGUCUUCAGAUACUUACGGCUAUUAUUGAUAACUUUUGGAUCUGUGUAAAUGUAGAAAAUGUGUUUCUGUAUGUUAAGAAUGAGUUUCACACUCUGACCUGACAUUUGUCAGAAAUAAAGACCCUGAUUCCUUA